AUGUGGCUGUGUACUCUCCUUCCUGUUCUCUUUGGCUGUCUCUCUGGGUCUGCCUUUUCUGCACCAAGAGCCUGGCUGUUGCCAAGUCAGAGGCCUCGCUUUGAUCGUCCUGGAGAUGUAAUAGUGGGGGGCAGCUUCUCCAUCUUUGACCUCUCUAUUGGUAACCUGUCUGAAUUCACUGCCCCACCAUCUGAACUUGUGGCUUCAGGGGUUUCCAACUGGGGCUACCGGGUGGCCCAGAGUUUCGUCUUUGCCAUUGAGGAGAUUAAUAGGAGUGCUUACUUGCUGCCCAAUGUGACACUGGGCUUCUCUAUUCGAAACUCUGGGGACACAGUGCAUGGAGCCCUCCAUGAGACAAUGAGCUUUCUCACGGGGCAGGAGGAGCCCAUCCCCAACUACACAUGCCAGCAUGGCUCUCCUCAGGCUGCAUUGGUUGGGGACACGCGGUCAUCCCUGUCUGUCUCCAUGGCCAGACUUCUGGGUCUGUACAACUUUCCCCAGGUCAGUUACUCAUCCUCACUACCCAGCCUCAGUGACAAGAUCCAGUUCCCAUCUUUCCUGCGAACCGUGACUAGUGACCUCACAUCCUGCCUUGCAGUGACCCAGCUGAUAAUUCACUUUCAGUGGUCCUGGGUGAUCAUUCUGGCCCAUGAUGAUGACUUUGGGCAGCAGGCCAGCUCUCUGGCCACUCAGGAGCUGAGCACAGCUCGUGUGUGCAUUGAGUACACCCUCCAUGUUCCUUCCCACGAGUCCCUGGAGAAGAUUGAGCAGAUUGUCCAGAAGAUGCAAAAAUCCACAGCCAGGGUUGUUCUGGUUUUCCUAAGCAGUUCUAAUUUCGAGCUCAUCCUGUAUGGCUUACUGGAUGUCCCUGUCUCAGGCCAGGUCUGGGUCAGCAAGAACAUUCUUCACAUGGUGCUCACCAUCACCGUUCCAGGCAUUUCCCAGGUAUUACACAGCACAUUUGGCCUUCUGUAUCACAGCAGCAGGGCAAUUGGCUUCCCUGAGUUCCUUGCUAACCUGCGACCCAGCCAGACCCCAGAAGACAUGUUUAUAAAGAAGUUCUGGGAGUUCACCUUUGAUUGUACAUGGCCCCACCAGAGCAGCACAAUGACAGAGGCUAUCCAGUUGUGCUCAGGGAAUGAGAGUCUGAAAAACAAGCAGUACCCUUUCCCAGAAGUGAGUAAAAUUGAUGCUGCUUACACAGCUGUCUACAGCAUUGCUCAUGGCCUGCAAGACAUGAUAACCCAUGGGCACCAGCAUGGGAAAGUUACAGACUCUCAGGACUUCAAGUCCUGGCAGCUGCUUCAAGCCCUCAGGAAGGUACACUUCAAGACUCCUGAUGGAAAUGAAAUUAUAUUUGAUGCUAAUGGAGAUUUGGUGACAAAAUUUGACAUUCUCCAAGGGCAGAAGACCCCUGAGGGUGUAUUUCACUUGGUCCAUGUAGGCAUGAUAGACCCUCAAGUCUCUUUGGGGAACAAAAUGAAGUUCCAUUUGAUGGAGGAUCUUCAUGUGCCCAGCUCUGUCUGCAGUGAAAGCUGCCUUCCAGGGUUCAGCCAAGUGCCCAGGCUGGGAGCCCCCUACUGCUGUUUUGAUUGCCGUCCCUGCCCUGAGGGACAGUUUGCAGACCAAAGAGGGACUAAUUCUAACCUGGGGACACCGUUUAAACUUUAUUACAUCAGCUCCAGUUUACUUAUGGCAAAGAAUUAUAAAAUAAUAAGCUUCAGAGUCUGGUUAAAUGGUUCAUCAGUUAGGGUAUGCCUGAGCCCUGGGGCUUCCACCUCAGUGGUCCUUAUUGCUUCCUUCAUGCAGGUUGUUCUUUGUGGAGUCUGGCUGGCCACCUCCCCACCAUUCCCAGACAGGGAUAUGGUCUCGGAGCCCCAGCACAUUGUCAUCCAGUGCCAGGAGGGUUCUGGCACCAUCUUCUUCUGUGUGCUGGGCUACUUGGGAUUAUUGGCAGUGGGUACCUUCUCUGUGGCCUUUCUGGCCAGGGGCCUGCCAGAUGUCUUCAAUGAGACUAAAUUCCUGACCUUCAGCAUGCUGCUCUUCUGCAGUGUCUGGACAGCCUUCCUGCCCCUGUACCACAGUGCCAGGGGCAAGUCCACUGUGGCUGUAGAGAUCUUCUCUAUCCUGGCCUCUACUGCUGGCCUUCUGGGUGGCAUCUUCAUCCCCAAGUGCUACAUCAUCUUACUGAAACCAGAGAGGAACACUCCUGCCUGGCUCAGGCAAGGCCACCAGGCACAGUAG